AUGGCUAAGAUUAAGAUUCCCAAGAGUGAGAUCGCAGACAAUAAUAUUACUAGUGAUGGAAAAAAGGGAAGCAAAGGUCGGAGAAGAAUUGAAAUCAAGAAAAUUGAAGAGAAGAACAAGCGUCACGUGACCUUCUCCAAGCGCAAAAAGGGUAUCUUCAACAAAGCCGCCGAGCUCAGCGUUUUGAGCGGUGCAGAGAUAGCGACGAUGGUCGUGUCCAGCAACGGCAAGGUGUUCUGCUUCGGCACACCCAACUACGACACGGUCAUCAACCGCUACCUUGGCCACCACACUGCCUCCUUGGCUGCAGCAGGUCAACUAGAUCAUGGUGCUUUGCUGCAUGGUAAGACAACGCGAAGUAGUAAUAAACAAGUUGAGAACUAUGUGGAAGCUACGAGGCACCUCGAGGCAGAGAAGAUAUCAUUCAAGGGGGAUGAGGCAGGAUUUUCUAUUCAAAUGUACCACAAUGGUGAAAUAAGAGGUAACUAUUAUGUGAAUGGGUCUGUAGAUUGGUUUGAUUAUUGUGAUAAGGAUAGAAUGUUAAUGACUGAGAUAGAUGUCAUGGUCAAGGAGUUAGGGCAUGAAGGUUUGAUUAAAAAUGUCAGCCAUUGGAUUGGAUUCGGAGAAGCAGAUCGGAGCGCUAAGGGCGUGACACGUGGCUUCUAUCCGUUGGACCCUGCACAGGGCUGA